AUGGCUCUCGGCCGCGAGGAAGGCUUGGAAUUGACGGGCUUCCACUGGGUGUAUUCGGCGCAAACAUUAGAGAAGACCCCAAAGACGCAUCCACCCCGAAAGCUCAGCUUCGCCGGUGUCGGCACUGUAGUUCUGGUAGACACUAACCCCUCGGUUAAUAUGUUACGGAACCAUUCCAAACGAAUGAAUAUACUCUUUGCUUACUACACCGUCGACGCGCUCGCCAGGUCCUGGCCCAAAUGCUAUGUGAGGUCAACAUCUGUUCGCCGAAACGCUGCUGGUACUCUACAAACGGCACACACACGGCUGACAAUUGGAACACAAGUCAACAUCGUCACAAAAGAUACCCUGCAUAGUCAAGGCCGGAUGCAAACCUAG